AGCCGCCGCCGUCUCCGCCGUCGCUUCGGCAGCCGCCGCGGUGGUCCCCUCUGGCCGUCGCCUCUCCUCCAGAUAUAUCGCCUGGAGGAGGCUGAGGCUGAAGCGAGACCGGCAGAGGGGGACGGCCCGGCCCUGUAGCGGUGCGGGUGGCGGCAGUGACAGCCUUGCCCUGCCCGCCGCCCGUCCUCGUUCUCGGCGCCCGCAGCCACGAUGAAUCGGGGCGGCAGCAGCCCCUCGGCCGCUACCAACUACCUGCUCUGCACCAACUGCCGGAAAGUGCUGCGGAAGGAUAAAAGAAUCAGAGUAUCUCAACCCUUGACACGAGGACCAAGUGCCUUUAUUCCAGAGAAGGAAGUUGUCCAAGCAAACACAGCAGAUGAACGUACUAAUUUUCUUGUGGAAGAAUACUCUACAUCUGGUCGUCUGGACAACAUCACACAGGUCAUGAGUUUACACACUCAGUACCUGGAGUCUUUCUUGAGGAGCCAGUUUUACAUGUUGCGCAUGGACGGUCCCCUUCCUCUACCAUACAGGCACUAUAUCGCGAUCAUGGCUGCAGCUAGACAUCAGUGUUCUUACUUAAUAAACAUGCAUGUGGAUGAAUUUUUAAAGACCGGAGGCAUGGCUGAGUGGUUGAAUGGUUUGGAAUAUGUACCACAAAGACUGAAAAACCUUAAUGAAAUAAAUAAGCUGCUAGCACACCGGCCCUGGCUGAUCACAAAAGAGCACAUUCAGAAACUUGUCAAAACUGGAGAAAAUAAUUGGUCUCUGCCAGAGCUGGUACAUGCUGUGGUCCUACUGACACAUUAUCAUGCCUUGGCAAGCUUUGUUUUUGGUAGUGGCAUCAAUCCAGAGAGAGAUCCAGAAAUCUCCAAUGGAGUCAGGCUAAUAUCAGUCAACAAUUUCUGUGUUUGUGAUCUCGCCAAUGACAACAACAUAGAGAAUGCAUCCCUUACAAGCAGCAACUUUGGGAUUGUAGAUUCACUAAGUGAGUUAGAGGCCUUAAUGGAAAGGAUGAAAAGGCUUCAAGAAGAAAGGGAAGAUGAAGAAGCAUCUCAGGAAGAAAUGACCACUCGUUUUGAGAAGGAGAAGAAAGAAAGUCUGUUUGUGGUUUCUGGAGAUACUUUUCAUUCAUUUCCUCAUUCAGAUUUUGAAGAUGACAUGAUUGUAACGUCUGAUGUCUCGCGAUACAUUGAAGACCCUGGUUUUGGGUAUGAGGACUUUGCCAGAAGAGGGGAAGAACAUUUGCCAACAUUCCGAGCUCAGGACUAUACUUGGGAAAAUCAUGGGUUUUCCCUGGUGAACAGACUUUAUUCUGACAUCGGACAUCUUCUUGAUGAAAAGUUUCGGAUGGUCUACAAUCUGACCUAUAAUACUAUGGCCACCCAUGAGGAUGUUGACACAACCAUGCUGCGCAGAGCUUUAUUUAACUAUGUUCACUGUAUGUUUGGAAUCAGGUAUGAUGACUAUGAUUAUGGAGAAGUUAAUCAAUUACUUGAACGAAGCCUGAAGGUUUACAUUAAGACAGUGACCUGCUAUCCUGAGAGAACUACAAAGCGCAUGUAUGAUAGUUACUGGCGUCAGUUCAAACACUCAGAAAAGGUUCACGUAAAUCUACUUUUAAUGGAAGCACGGAUGCAAGCUGAACUUCUUUACGCUCUUCGUGCCAUAACUCGGCAUUUGACCUGAAGCAUCACCCAGGGAGAAUGCCAUAUAUGUGUAAAGACCUUUUCACAUAAAAUAUACAUCAGAAGCUGUUAGUGAUGUAGCAUCAAAAAUUAUCCAAUUCUCUAGUGUCAAAGUUUAGCCGGUUUUUUUGCGGCCGUAAUGUGCAAUGAUGUGUUUUAUUUUUCUUGAUGCUUAACAUUACUAACAACUGCAAAAAUAAUACUGAGGAGCACUACUUUGCAUUGUUUAUAGUUGGAUCUUUGGAUACUGACCAUAAAUCAUGAACCUGG